GGUUACAACAUAUUUUUUUUUUAUGUAGGUCACUAGAUUUUUACCUUAUAAAGAGGUGUUUUUGUUUGAUAUACCCUGACAUAAUUAAACCAUAUCAGUAGGUAAUAACAGACAAAAAUGCCUUCGCAUAUGCCAAAAAAAUAAUGUUUACAAAAAUAUUAUAUAUUAAAGAUUUUAUCAGGAUUAAAAGUACCAGAAGUCUUUGCUUAUCUCCCCAUAUUAUGCAAAAAUAAGGUUGAAUCGUUAAUUUUUAAGCGAUCUCUUAAUUUAUAUUAAAUUACUUUUUCUUUAAGAUAAAACUGCUAUAAAAAAUCAGGGUGUUGAUACUUGUAAGGCUGCAAUCAAUAAAUUUAGGGAAAUGAAUACACAUAUAGAAUAUAUGAAAAGUGAAUUAAAUUUAUUAGCAGCACACACCCGCCUUGUUUUAUUCUAAGAAUUAAAGAAGUCUCAUUAUUUCAAUUGUUGUUUUGGACAGCGCCUUUUUAAUCGAAUUCGUUUGCUUGUUUAUUUGCAACAUGCAGUGCACCUAAUAAAAAUGAUAACAACUUUAUUCAAUACAGCUUUAAAUUAUGCUUUCUAUGGACCCUUAAAUAUGGAUUUCAUUAAGAAGUUUGCAACGCAGUGAAGGAUCCCAUAAAGUAGAUACAAGCUAACAGCACCGACUACCUGAAUUAACAGUUAACAGCACAGACUACCGACACUCUGGAUUUGACAGCGACUAGAUAACAACUUACAUUUCUUAAAUUAUAUGUAAUUAACACAAUUAUAAACUUGAAACUGAAGCUGAAGUCUUCUCCUGAUUUACUUGGACUUGACGGAAAGCUUGGGACCUAACUUUCUGAACUGCUGAGGAUUUAACUCCGUCAUGUCUAGGUAUUGAACAGGUCCUUCUACAGGACCAAUGCAAGCCAUGGAGAAGGACUUAACUGGCGCCCCAACAGGGACCUGAUUAUUAAGCAAUGAGGAUUCCUAGGAUUAAAAAGUGGGAAGUGAAAAUUGUGCGUCUCGCGAGAAAAAAAAAGGAAAUCUUGAGAGAAAAAAGAAAGAAGAAAAGAAAAUGUAGAAUGAAUUGGAAAUACAAUGAAAAUGAAAAAAUAUGUGUUCCCAGUCGACUCCAAAGCAAAAUAAUGAACGAGGAGAGAAUAAGGUGAUCUAAUUCACGAGCGCAAAAGGUGAUCGUGAAACAAAAGAAGCAACCAAACCGCCGCGGUGGUUUAGAUUCACGGGCGCUAUAUGUUGCGAGCGUUUACGAGCGGCCUCUUCCUAUAAAAAAUUAUAUAACGUGGAAAGUAGCGUGGGUAAUCCCCUAGAUACGCUCAGUGUUACCACCACAGGAAGAGCCGCCUAGUGAAUUGUGUGGCAACCGUACCUUAGUAGGCGAUAAACCAAAAAAGAGUGAUACGGACCACCGUGCCUAACGCCGAUUAAAAAAAAUCGAAACAAAUUAAAAAAGUAUAAUAUUAAUCUUUACUAAAGACAUUUUUUCCCGAAAUAGAAUCUGCACUUUGUAAGUAAUCGACCACACAAUACGCGGAGAUCAAAGGAAUACAAAAUAGAAUUGCACGAAACACAAAACACGGGUAAGUGACGCUUUUUCAGCGAAUCUAGUGAAUAAAAAUGUAUGGAAUCAGAAACUUAACCGUUACUCCGCCCUCACCGAAAAACCCUAAUCCAAAAACUUGAAUCGAUUUUCUAAUAUGGAGGAAAUGAAGGCAGCUCUUACUAAAUUUGAAGCCACUCUGGCCAUGUUGCUUGGCUAGAUGGUCGAUGUUAGAGAGGAUGUGAAGAAAGUUAGUGACAAAGUAGUGAGUCUAGAAGACGCUCGAGAAAAGGUUAACGAAGUUGUUUCCCAACUGAAGCCCCUGACUUCACAGAGAAUUGGAUGUUCUUUUCAGAGGCCUGAGCGGUGACCUCUCGAAGCUAAUAGCUAGUAAUUCGAGGCCCAAAGAAUUUGCCGGAAGCCUAGGCAAUCUGUUUAGAGUUGCAGAAUCUAACUUCGUUGAAUCCUGUCACAUACCCUAGCAAGUUUUCAAUCUUUCAGCCUUACCGCCAAAAAUGCUCUUGGCCCCAAUCUAACUACCCUUCUUAUAAUAACCAAUAGCAGUAUCAGGACGCAGGCAGGAAUUCCCAGUUCCCGCAUAGGUAUUCGAAUCCCCGAGCAAUCAAAAUGAAGCGCCACCAGUCAGGCCACUCCUAUCGCUCAAACCAGGGUAACGGUAAUUUAAGCGUUAAGCGCAGUCUCAGUCAGUCUUUAAGAGAACGGACUGUUCUAAAACAUUUCAAAAUUCAACCAAGAAAUAUCUGAGCAUAGUUGCAGACGGGCCAAAUGAUAAAUUUCUACGAGGGCAUAAUUUCAAUCCCCUCGACAAGGCCGGUGUUUGCAUAAGCGACAGAUUGAGCAGCAUCGGGAAGGUAUAAAAAACGUUAAUCACCCUCCGCAAUUUAAGGACGAUCAAUAAAUUUUAGACUGCUUUCUAUGCAACUCUGUCAAGGCCUGACAGACAUCACGCCUUAAUUGAGGGUACCCCUAACUCGGCGAUGCACUGACCGAGCCAACUACGCUUACUGCUGCCAUCAUGGAAAGCCGCUGACCUACUCUAGAAUAUCAUCAUGUCAGUAAACUUCCGUGUUCUAAAAUACAAAAACAAAUGCACAAGACAUAGGUGUGACCAAGGACUCCGAUUUCAAAAAUGUUUACAUUGAUGGCACUGAGACGCGUGUUGUUUUAAAUUUCUGUAAAAAAUUUAACUGUACAGUUCAAAUUGAUACUUCAGACGCAAACGAUUGGGGCAAUGUUUAUCCAAAUAUUUCUGGGGAUGGUGCUCUCGGUAUGAUUACACAUCAUAAAGUGGAUAUCUGCAUUGGUGCAAUGUACUCGUGGUCUGAAGAUUACUCAUAUUUAGAUCUAUCCGUGUAUCUUGUGAGGUCUGGGAUAACAUGCCUUGUUCCUGCUCCAUUACGGAUAGCUAGUUGGUAUCUACCAUUAGAGCCUUUCCAAAAACAUCUAUGGGCUGCGAUUCUGUUAUGCCUAUGUAUGGAAGCUAUUGGACUAAUUCUAGCUUAUAAGAGUGAGCAGGAUCUGUGCGUGCAGCCUAAAAACCAUCGUGACUGGUGGACUUGCACAAAAUUCGGACUUUCAACCACUUUUAAGCUUUUUAUAUCGCAAUCAGAAAGUAGCAAAGCAAACUCAAAUACAGUCCGUUUAUUGCUCUUUGUCUGCUUUCUAAAUGAUUUAAUUAUUACCAGCAUAUAUGGUGGUGGCUUAGCCAGUAUAUUGACAGUACCCAACAUGGACGAAGCAGCCGACACAGUCCAGCGUCUGCGGUUGCACCGAUUACAAUGGGCGGCCAACUCUGAGGCAUGGGUUUCAGCUAUACGCGGGUCGGAUGAGCCUUUAGUACGAGAUUUGCUAUACAAUUUCCACACAUAUAGCGAUGAUCGGUUGCUUCAACUAGCUCAGGAGCAGAGGGUACACAUUGGAUUUACAGUAGAGCGCCUGCCGUUUGGUCACUUUGCUGUCGCUGACUAUUUGGUCCCUCAAGCGAUUGACCAAUUAAUAAUUAUGAAAGAUGAUCUUUAUUUCCAGUAUACCGUUGCUUUUGUUCCCAGACUUUGGCCUUUCUUAGAUCAAUUCAAUUCGCUGAUUCAUUGCUGGCAUUCGUCAGGACUCGAUAAGUACUGGGAAAAUCGUAUUGUGGCUGAUAACUUAAACCUCAAAAUACAAAAACAACUCGAAGAAACUAUGUCAAGAAAUAAAGAAGAUAUUGGUCCGAACAUGCUUGGAAUGACUAACUUUGCCGGAAUCAUCCUUAUUUGGGUGUUAGGAUCAAGUGUUGCAGUAUUGUCUUUUUCUUUUGAGUUACUAUAUUUAUCUAAUGUUUUCACGUUUAUACACAAUAAGUAUAAACAUACUUAUAAAAUAUGAAUAUUUGAUAAACAAUGGUAUUAUGGGAAGAAAUAAAACUAAGGUUUAAACUACCGUUCGUCAAAAAAAUGAAAUCCUAAUGUUUAUUCAACUAAACCUUUGGUUUAGGGCAUGGUUGCCCUGGUUUCCCUCACCCAAACAAUUAGGAUUGACGUGGCAAACUUCAGCGAGCCUUAUAUUCAUUAUAGAAAACACAUAAAACUUAAACAACGUAAAGGCUGAAAAAGAAUAUGUUAAACCAAAGCUAAAAAAUCUGGUGCGGGUGUAGAGUAGCUACCUACCGUUAAGUUGGUAAGUGAAUGAGUUCAGCUAGGAAAUUGACAACCGUGCAAAUUGACAACCGUACUCUCUUCCGCAAUUGGCGACUGGGGGUCGGCUUACACAAAUUCCAGGUGUAUUAUUGUGGUAAACGCAUUUCUUUAAUUCGAUUUAUUUCUUUUUAACGCCCGGUCAAACCCCGCACUGGAACACUGUCGAUAUCACCGUACAUAAGCAUAUGCACGAACGUACUUUGCGACCGAGCAUUGCCCUUGACUGAAGCAAAAUUAAACAAAAUGUCUCCUACAUGUUUAACAUUUUUUCAUGAUGGAUGCAGUUUUUGGAUCCAUAUAUAUAUUGGACAUAUUUAUAUUUUUUUAAAUUACUUUAUCACUU